CUUUCCCAGCCGCCCAGAGGAACAGCUCGGACGCGGAGCUCAGCCCGGGAGAGAGAAGCAGGACCAGACCCAGGUCACCCCCAGCGCUGCCUACCACUGACUCCAAGGCCCUCCCUGCACUGACCAGCAGCUGCUAGCAAGAGGAUUUGGCUCUGAGACCCGUGAGCACUGACCAUGGAACCAUCCCUGGGCUUCCCCCAUAACCACUGCUUCCUCACCCUGCUCCUCCUCUCCAUCACCCUGCCAGCCUUCGCCCAGUACGAGCACUGGCCUUACCUCCCUGACUACCCUGAGCCACCCCCACAAGUCUACCAAGCCCCUCAGCGAGCAGCCAACGUCCCCAAGAUCCAGCUGAGGCUGGCAGGGCAGAAGAGGAAGCACAACGAGGGCAGGGUGGAGGUGUUCUACAGCGGGGAGUGGGGCACAGUGUGCGACGAUGACUUCUCCAUCCACGCCGCGCAUGUGGUCUGCAGGGAGCUGGGCUAUGUGGAGGCUGUGUCCUGGCUGCCCAGCUCCAAGUAUGGCAAAGGAGAAGGGAAGAUCUGGCUGGACAACGUCCACUGCACUGGCAAGGAGACCACCCUGGCAGCCUGCACCUCCAACGGCUGGGGAGUCACUGACUGCAAGCACACCGAGGACGUGGGAGUGGUCUGCAGUGAAAAGAGGAUCCCUGGCUUCAAGUUCGACAGCUCCCUGCUGAACCAAAUAGAGAACAUGAACAUCCAAGUGGAGGACAUCAGGAUCCGACCCAUCCUGGCCACCUACCGCAAGCGAGUGCCGGUCACGGAGGGUUACGUGGAGGUGAAGGAUGAAGGGACCUGGAAGCAGAUAUGUGACAAGCACUGGAGCAUGAAAAACUCCCGAGUGGUCUGUGGCAUGUUUGGCUUCCCCAGUGAGAGGAAAUACAACACCAAUGUCUACAAGAUGUUUGCCAGCAGAAGGAAGCAGCAUUAUUGGUCUUACUCGAUGGACUGCAGUGGCAAUGAAGCUCACAUCUCCAGCUGCAAGCUGGGCAAUCACCUCCAGGUGGAUGCAGAGAAGAACACGACCUGUGGCAAUGGGAUGCCUGCAGUUGUCAGCUGUGUCCCAGGCCGAGCCUUUGCCCCCAGCAGCCACAGUGGCUUCCGAAAAGCCUUCAGGCAGGAGCAGCCACUGGUGAGGCUGAAAGGUGGAGCCAACACCGGCGAGGGGCGAGUGGAGGUGCUGAAGAAUGGAGAGUGGGGAACAGUUUGUGAUGACAACUGGAACCUGGUGUCUGCCAGCGUGGUGUGCAGAGAGCUGGGCUUUGGCAGUGCCAAGGAAGCCAUCACAGGAGCAAGGCUUGGGCAAGGCAUGGGUCCAAUCCACCUGAAUGAAAUCGACUGCACAGGCUUUGAGAAGUCCCUCACAGACUGCAAGUUCAACAUAGAGUCCCAGGGCUGCAACCAUGAAGAAGAUGCUGCUGUGAGAUGCAAUGUUCCAGCCAUGGGUUUCCAGAACCAGCUGCGCCUGAGCGGUGGCCGCAACCCCUACGAGGGCAGGGUGGAGGUGCUGGCGGAGCGCAACGGCACACUGAGCUGGGGCACCGUCUGCAGCGACGGCUGGGGCACCGUGGAGGCCAUGGUGGUGUGCAGGCAGCUGGGGCUGGGCUUUGCCAGCCAUGCCUUCCAGGAAACUUGGUAUUGGCACGGAGAUGUCAGUGCUGACAGCGUGGUGAUGAGCGGCGUCAAGUGCUCGGGGACGGAGAUGUCCCUGGCUCACUGCCGCCACGACGGAGCUGACGUCUCCUGCCCCAGAGGAGGUGGCCGCUUUGCUGCUGGGGUGUCCUGCUCAGAGACUGCCCCCGACCUGGUGCUGAACGCGGAGCUGGUGGAGCAGACAGCUUACCUGGAGGACAGACCCAUGUUCAUGCUGCAGUGCGCCCUGGAGGAGAACUGCUUGGCCAGCUCGGCCGUCAACACCUCGCUGACCUCGGGCUACCGCCGCCUGCUGCGCUUCUCCUCGCAGAUCCACAACAACGGCCAGGCCGACUUUCGCCCCAGGAACGGCCGCCACGCCUGGGUCUGGCACGACUGCCACCGGCAUUACCACAGCAUGGAGGUGUUUACCCACUAUGAUCUGCUGAACCUCAAUGGGACCAAGGUGGCUGAAGGACACAAAGCCAGCUUCUGCCUGGAGGACACUGAAUGUGAAGCAGAUGUGCAGAAGCAGUAUGAAUGUGCCAACUUUGGGGAGCAGGGCAUCACAGUGGGCUGCUGGGAUGUCUACAGGCACGACAUCGACUGCCAGUGGAUAGACAUCACCGACGUCCCUCCAGGGGAUUACCUUUUCCAGGUUGUCAUCAACCCCAACUAUGAGGUGGCUGAGUCAGAUUACUCCAACAAUGUGAUGAAGUGCAGGAGCCGCUACGAUGGGCAGCGCAUCUGGAUGUACAACUGCCACAUAGGUGGCUCCUUCAGCGAGGAGACAGAGCAGAAGUUUGAUCACUUCAGUGGACUGACAAAUAACAGGGUGGGCACCCGGUAGAGCAGCGGCGCCUCCCAGCCCACUACUUAACGAAGCCAGGGCCUCCUGCUUCAGUGAUUUCCCUAAACCACUGCACAAAGAAGAAACAAAUCAAGCAAAACCAAUCAAAACUCUUCAUUAGCAAGGUAAAUUAUUGUCUCCCAGGUGCCUUCCUCCCCACUUUAGGUGUUCAGAUCACCCUCUGCCUCCUGGCGCUCUCGGCUCUUGCUGCUGAGGUAGUUAGGAGCAGGCUUUGAAGCUCAACACUUGGCUCCAUCCCUUCAGAGUUCCAACUUCCUUCCACCAUUCCAACCUUCCACCAUUCCAACCUUCUCCCAGCACUUUGCAGCACCUUCUCUGCUCACAGCCACAGCUCCAGGCUGCAGCAAGCAAGAGUUUGCCUUGGUUUGGGCAGCAGCACCCUCAAUGUGUCUUCGCCGUUGGCUUCCUUCAAGGCAUUUAUCUUGGUGUCUUUUAAGCUCUUUGACUCAAGCUUGGCUGCAGCAUUGAUGCAGAAGCCUCUUCUUCAGCACAGCUGUCACCUCCUUCCUCCAUUUGAGCAAAGAAACACAGGAAAAUCCAAACCCCAACCCCCAACUGGAGCAGCUUCUCCUGGGCAAAGCAGGCUGAAGAGUGAGUUAACGCCGCAGGGAACCAACUCCCCGCAGCAGCCUGCAGAACUCUUUGCUCCCAGCCCAUCAAUCAGGGCUCCAUGCAGGCAGCACCUUGAAGCCUCUGCAGCUCUCCUGAGUCCAGUGGCUUGGGAAUUCCCACUGCACAGUAAGCUCUUCACCUAUGCACACCUAAAAAGGUUGCUUUGGGAAGCUGGGUUAAAAGUCUCUCUUGUGGUCCAAAGAUGGGAUUGAGUUGGAGGCAUCGUAGCAGCAUCACUGUACCUUACAGAGGUAACUUCAUGCUUUCAGCAGCAGGGAUCUGGACCUGUGCUGGCCCAGCCCAUACCUGUGUGAAGUUCACAAUGGUGCUAAGAGUGUGGCCUCUGUUUGUUUGAGGACACACAGUGCUAACAGAAUUGAUUCUCUCCUUCUUCCAGACACAGCUACUUGAAUAAAAGAUGUUUUACCCAGACAACCAAAACUGCUUUAGCUGCCAUUUGUCUGCUUCUCCUCCCUGGCACCUUAGGGCUUUCCUUCACCCUUCCUGCUGCUGAGGUUUUGCUCCUUUGUGUUUGCACAAAAAAAAGACUUCUGCAAGCAGCUGAAGUCAGUGAGAUGCUCACAGCUG